AACUCCAGGACAUAGAAGAUACAGGCAGCAGGAGAUGCAAAUGGAACAAGAAUUCCAACGGCAGGUCCUAUGGAGGACAGAUGAGACUGGAGAUACCCUAUAAGAUUGGAGAACUUAUCAACAGGGAAGCUGGUGAGAGAAAGUGUGGGCGUCCCCACUGGAUUGGGGCUCGAUGUAGCUGAAUAUUCUGCAAUUUCUGAGCUUUUAAAAGAAGGGCUUCCCCAGAAUCCGUCCUGACGCCGGACCCGCGGCACCAUGCAGGCUCCGCUGACCUUACUGUCUCUGCUCCUCCUGGGAGCCCAGGCCGGGCAGCACUGGACCUACUCAGACGGGGAGCUGGAUGAAGCGCACUGGUCGAAUGAGUACCCCACCUGCGGGGGUGACAGACAGUCGCCCAUCGACCUGCAGAGUAAGAAGAUGCGGUACAACCCAUCCCUGAAGCCUCUGACCCUGGUGGGCUACGAGGACCAGGAGGGCGAGUUCUCCAUGAUCAACAACGGCCACACAGUGCAGAUCAGCCUGCGCCCCACCAUGCACAUGGAGGCUGCCGAUGGCACCAAGUACAUAGCUGAGCAGAUGCACUUCCACUGGGGCGGCGGGGCCUCAGAGAUCAGCGGCUCUGAGCACACCAUCGACGGGAUCAGAUAUGUGACUGAGAUUCACCUUGUUCACUACAAUUCUAAAUACGGGAGCUACGAUAUAGCCAAGGAUGAACCUGAUGGUUUGGCAGUGCUGGCAGUCCUCAUUGAGGUCAGUGAUUACGCUGAGAACACCUAUUACAGCAAGUUCCUUUCUCACCUGAGUGAGGUCAGGUAUUCAGGACAAAGCACAGUUCUGAGUGGCCUCAACAUUCAGGACAUGCUACCCAAGGACCUCCGCUACUACUACAGCUACCAGGGGUCACUCACCACUCCUCCCUGUACCGAGAAUGUCCAGUGGUUUCUGCUGGCGGAUCCCGUCAAGCUCUCCAAGUCACAGGUUUUGAAGCUAGAGAACUCCUUAUUGGAUAGCCAGAACAAGACCCUCAACAAUGGUUACCGCAGUACCCAGCACCUGAAUGGCAGAGUGGUGGAAACCAACUUCAUAUAUCACCCUAAUCAGCAAUCUGUUCUUGGCUCUGAGCUCCAGUUUCACCUAACCAGGAUCGACAAUAACCUUGAAUACUUUAGAAGAUUAAUUGAACAGAAGCAAGUAAAGAGAAAAGGCAAAUAUUAACGAGCUGGAAUCAUGAGCUAGGACAGGAAGAGGCGGCAGCCCCCUGAGCCCACGCCCUGCCCUGUCUGCAAGAAAUCCUAUGUGUCCAAUGGCUUCACUCCCCCUGAGGCACCUGUUGAAUUUCUGACUAAAACAAGGGGAAACCAUCACCCGUGAAAGGAAGUGAGAUGGUUUCAAUGUGUGAGAAAAGAUCUGAGCUAGACAACACUAAUGGAAAUUGACUGGAAUAGAAAUUUAAAGGGCUAACUCUCCUCCUAUCUAAUCAUGCACGUUGAUCUUCCUAAAUUAUAAACCAGCCCAAACUUCCCUGCAGCAUUUAGAUGUAAUAAACAACGUUAGAAAUUUGUCAUUAAAAAGUUUCUCUUUUC